GCACAGCGACGCUGACAUCAAGGAACCCUUUUCAUGCGGAAGCUGACCAGAGAGGUUUUGUUGCUGGGUGCAGCCAAAAUGAGCGCACAAAGACGGGUGCUGCGUGCGUGUUGCGUGCUGCUGGCCCUGCAGAUGGCCGCCAGCCAGAAGGACUGCACAGGUGUGGAGUGUCCUCCGGUGCAGCACUGCCUGGAAUCGGUGAUGGAGCCGGACGCCUGCUGUCCCACCUGCGCCCAGACCGGAUGCACCUGCGAGGGCUACCAGUUCUACGACUGCGUGCGGGCAGGCUUCGGCCAAGGGAAAGUCCCUGAGGGCCAGUCCUACCUGGUGGACUUUGGCAGCACGGAGUGUGUUUGUCCCGAGGGAGGCGGGAAGAUCAGUUGCCGCUUCAUCGAGUGUCCCCAAGUCUCCCACAACUGCAUCCACAUCCUGCAGCCGGCCGACGGCUGUCCGCAGUGUGGGCGCGUGGGCUGUCGCCAUGGCGACAAGACCUACGACGCGGGACACACCUUCCGGCUGGACCGCUGUCAGGUCUGCCACUGUCCCAACGAAGGCGGCAAGUUGAUGUGCUCGCCCGUUCCCGGCUGCGAGCGCCGUAGUGCUCAUGAGCACAGCAACGACUCUAACACCCUGGCCCCGUACCAGCCAGGUCCGGCCGGUUUUGGCACGGACGACUACGACUACUCUCAGCCCGAGCUGACUCCUUCUACCGCCCAGAGUCUGUUUCCAGCGACUGAAGCUCCGCCUCAGUCAAGCUCCGCCUCCAGCGAGGACAGGACAAGCCAGCCGAGGGGCUCGCAAAAAACCUUGGAAAAGAUGAGCGAGGAUGAGGUCACCUUGGAUCCGGCAGUAGAACGGGAAGAGAAGCCCGGAGAACAUGAGGGAGCUGAAGACUUGACACGGAAACACUCAGACCAGAGGAACAAAUCAUCUGAGGACCACCAGAGGACUCCUGAUCAAGAAGAACUCAGCUUGGAUCCCUCAGUCCAGUUCCAGCCCACCAGCAGACCUGCAGACAGGAUGAGGAAGGAUGAAGACCAGACCUCAAAACAACCUCAGAACUUCUCCAACUACCAGACUCAGGAUGUCCAUGAAGUGUCAGUGAUGGACUUGGUGGACACCUGCUGUGAGACAGGAGCAAAAUGGGCGUCAGCUAAUGGUCACUGCAACAGCAUGGACAUGCCCACCAAGGACAUUCAGUCCAUCUGCUGGACGUCCCAGCAGCGGUGUUGUGUGGGCUCGCUGACAGAAGGUCGCUGCCUGGCUGGAGUACGAGCGGCCAGAGGAGGACUGUCGUGUGAGAAGGAUGGCGAUGAUGCGUGUGGACUCGGCUCCUUUAAGGAGUGCUGUGACUGCUGCUCAGUGGGGCUGAAGGUGCGCAGUGCAGGCCAGGAGUGCACAGCUCAAAGACACAUGGGCCUCCUUUGCGGACACGUCUUCCUAAUGUGCUGCCAGGACCAGGACCUUUGGGACCUGAGUGCGGUCAGCUGGCAACGUGUCCGAGAAAAAAAUGCUCUUGACGCCACUUCACCGCCAAAGAAAGUGUCUGACAGCUUGUACCCAAAGGAGGCCUUCUCGGCGGCAGAAGAGCGAGAGGGUGAGAACAUUCUGGAAAGUCCCAUGGAGGUGGAGGACAUGGACGAGUGCCUGAUCUACCAGGGCAACAUCUGCCACCACAGAUGUGUCAACACGCCAGGCUCCUUCCGCUGCGAGUGUUCCCCGGGAUACGAGCUGCAGGAGGACGCGUUCACUUGUGCGAGAGAAAAGGAGGAUGAGGAUAACAGUCUGAAGGAGGACGAGAGUAAGACCACGCCCCCCACGCCGACACUCAACCCUUGUGAAGGAAAUGGCCCGUGUGACCAACGUUGCGUCCCAGAGGGUGGGAGGGUUCUGUGCUCCUGUUUCCCAGGAUUCUCUCUCAUGGCUGAUGGAUAUUCUUGUGAAGACAUCGACGAGUGCACGCGGGCACACGUCUGCCAGCUGAACGAGCGCUGCGUGAACACCGCAGGAAGUUACGUGUGCCAGAGGAUGCUGACGUGUCCUCCAGGAUAUCACAUGGACCGCCACCUGUGUCAGGAUAUUGACGAGUGCAAAGAUGGCAGCCAUGACUGCAGGAGCGAGGCCGAGUGUGUCAACACCGAAGGCUCGUUCACCUGCAAACUCAAAGCUCGCUGUUCGCUUGGCUUCCAACGGGACUCCCACAACAACUGUAUAGACAGUGACGAGUGUGACAGGAGGCCGUGUGCUUCAGGCUUCACGUGCGUCAACACGGUGGGUUCCUACUCGUGUGUCAGGAAGAUGAUCUGCACUCGAGGAUAUCACAGCAGUCCCGAUGGAAGCGGCUGUAUCGACGUGAACGAGUGUGAGAGUGGAGCACAUCGAUGUGGAGAAGGUCAGCUGUGUCACAACAUGGCUGGCUCGUAUCGCUGUGAAUGUCCGACAGGUUAUCAGUACGACUCCUUCAGACGCACCUGUACAGACGUAAACGAGUGUUGGCACUAUGCGGGUCGUGUGUGUGCUCAGACGUGCGACAACACUCCAGGAUCCUUUCAGUGCUCGUGUACUGCCGGCUUCCGUUUGUCCAGUGAUGGCAACAACUGUGAAGAUGUGAACGAGUGCCUGUCGAGUCCUUGCAGCCAGGAGUGCGCCAACGUCUACGGCUCCUACCAGUGCUACUGCAGACCGGGCUACCACCUGCAUGACGACGGCCACACCUGCCAAGAUAUCGACGAGUGCUCCCAAGGCGUCGGCCAACUUUGCACCUACAAGUGCGUCAACGUUCCCGGCAGCUACGAGUGUGCCUGUCCACAACAUGGCUACACCAUGUCCCCCAACGGACGUUCCUGCAGAGACAUUGACGAGUGCACCAGCGGCACUCACAACUGCUCCCUGGCAGAGAGCUGCUACAACAUCCAGGGAGACUUCCGCUGUCUGGCCCUCAGCUGUCCUGACAACUACCGCAAAGUCUCCGACACGCGCUGUGAGCGGAUCAGCUGUCCUAACUUCCUGGAGUGCCAGAAGUCUCCUCUAAGAAUCACUUACUACUACCUCAGCUUCCAGUCCAACAUCCUCAUCCCGGCGCAGAUCUUCCGUAUCGGCCCGUCGCCCGCCUACUCCGGCGACAACGUGAUCGUCAGCAUCACGGAGGGCAACCAGGACAAGUUCUUCAGCACCCGCAAGUUGAACGCCUACACGGGUGCCGUCUACCUGCACCGACAGGUGGAGGCUCCCAGGGACUUCCUCAUCACCGUGGAGAUGAAACUGUGGAGACAAGGAACCUUCACCACCUUUCACGCCAAGAUCUACGUCUUCAUCACCGCCGACUCUCUCUGACCACCACGUGGACCACAUGAUGUAGACCACAUGAUGUAGACUAUAUGGACAAGAUGGCCAUCACAUGACAUGUACAUAAAUAGGUAAAAGUAACAAUGACUGUUAUACCAGCAACAUUCAUAUGUUAUAAUAUGAUAUUAUAUCAUAUAUAUAUUAUCAUUUUAUAACAUCAUAUUUUAAUAAGUUUCAACAUUCAUAUGUUGUAAUUUGAUAUUAUAACAUAAUAUGAUAUUAUAACAUCAUAUUUUAAUGAUCUUCAAAUAAGAGUUUGAUUUGAAGGCAUAUGAAAGAAGAUUAUUACAGAAAAAGAAUAUUCUGUCAUGCUGCACUGCUGCCUUUGUUGUCAAACUCAUUUAAUAUUCACCCAUAAAGUGAAUUAUGUAUGAUUAUGUAUUCUCAUGUUGGAUGUACAAUACUUUUAUACUAAAUACACAAACUAUAACAAAGUAUUCUACUGUCUAUGUACUUUCACUAAAU